UUUUAUAUUUUUUGCAGACUCUAUAAAAAAUUUCCGAUUCUAUUUUUGGAAUGGGAUACACAUGAUUGAAUGUGAUCGUCACAAUAUCUUAAUGUUGAGGGAUAAUACACUAGACAUCCGAUGCAGAUUGAGGGCAUCAGUAAAUCAGCUCAUCAUAUACACCCAUGAACCCAGAGAGUUUUGCUCCAUUCAUUUCUACGACGAGAAAAUUUGUUAUGAGACUAAUGAGAAGACUGAUGAGCGGCCCAACAUCGUAUGUAAAAGUAGUUGCGAUUGUAUUUUUGAUUGUGACACCAGAUACAACAGGUCGUUGGGCUAUUCCCUUUCUAAGCAUGAGGAUCUCCUGAGGAGCCAAGAAUUCGUCCUCGAAAAACAAAACAACCUACUGGAAUCGACAUCAUUUGUAAGCUUCGUAUUGAUUGGCGGCUUGUCGGCAACCAUCUUGAUCCUUCUUCUUGUCGUCUGCCUCAUUUGCAAACUAUAUCGUCUGCUGCUCCGAGUUUCUUUGACUGAAAGGAAAGUCGUAAAGCGGAAACAAAGAGUUCAAUCGCCAUCUUGUAGUGAAGAAGAACAGAGAAGUAUCAAAAGAGGUAGCUCAAUCUAUCUGAAUGUGAAGAAACACUUUCAGCUCAACAACACACACAUGGCUCUAGGAGGUGGAGGGGACACAGGGGAUGUCCAGCUCAAACUUGACACAUUCACCACUGCUGGGAGUGACCAAAGCAAAUUUAGAAGCAGUGCUCAGACUGAAAACGUUGAAGAAGACCUCUAUGAGAAAUUAUCGAUGAAAAAUCAUCAAUCUGAAACUAAAUAUUAACCCUUUCUCUCCUUAAUUAUUUUCCACGUUCCGACGGAAUUAUUUAUUUUGCUCAUUUAUGUUUCACUACUCUGUUAUGAUUAAACUUUUCAAUAACUUUUAUAUAUGUAACCAGGAAAUGUUAUAUUUGGUAUAGAAUUAUAGGAGAAUGCAUGUCCUUUGUAUAUAACACAAAUUAAAGUUUAAAAACCCAAAAAUUAAUUAAAUUUAAUGGGUUCAACGUUGGUAUCGCCAGUUAGGAGAGAAAGAGUUAAAACUGAAAUUCUCUCUUUUUUUUUUAAAUAGACAAAUCAAAAUUUAGAAUCGUCGACAAGAUUGUGUAUUCUGUACACCCGAAACACCAAAAGACCUUGUCACGAGUCGAGUCUGUGACCUAUUUCGACCAGUUUCUAGAAGCUCGAGGUCAAACCAGUGCUGUCCAGCGUAAACAAGUUAAUUUUAGGUAUCCGAUCAAAGAAAGAGGUUAAGGGAAAAAAAUAGCACACGUCAGCUUCUAGAAGGUCAAAGUUACUAAAAUAAUUAUCUGAGAAGGUUCCAUGAUUCUGGAACGUACGAUCAAAGAAAGUAUAAAUUAAGGGAAAGUCAGUUAGACGGGGUCCUCGCAUAGUAGUAGUUCUUGUAGAGCGAUGGUCCUUGCUCUGCCCUCGAUUAGUAAUGGUUUGGUAGAGUUAUAAGUGAUAUUAGCGGGUCCAUUAGUUAAAGUUUUAUUAGUUGAAGUUGAAGUUAUACUAAGUGAAGUCUUAUGUAUCUUUAAGUUUUAUUUAUGAAGUAUCAAGUCAAGUUGUUAUUGAACUGAGAAGUUAAUUUGAUGUGAAAGUUGAAGAAGUAUUAUUAAAGAAGUUUAAGAAAAUACA